AUGGGCAUCAGCCGCGAAGCAGCCAAAGAGCUGACUAGGCUUGCUUGGCCGUCGGUCCUGGCGCUGGUCCUAGAUCAGGCUACUGGGCUCACGACCUUGUUCUUCGUUGCGGCCCUGGAUGAUGAGUACCUUCUGGGCUCAGUCGGCCUGGGGGCGAUGGCGCAGAAUGUUUUUGGCUUCAGCCUGGGCAUGGGCGUAAACAGCGCUUUGUCCACGCUGGUGUCACAGGGAAAUGGCGCCGGACGGCUGGACCUGUGCAACCUCGCGCUGCAGCAGGCGCAGCUGCUGAGCUUGCUCGUCGCAGUUCCCAGCAUGUUCAUCAUGUUGUACACAGGCGCCUUCUUUGAGGCCGUGGGCAUCAAUCAGCGAUCCGCGCGGGACGCUGGAGAGUAUGUGCGUGGCACGAUCUUCGUGAUGCCUUUCCACUUCCUCUCCUGUGCCACACGCCUUUUCCUCCGAGCAAUGAAGCUCCCUCGGCCACCCAGCUACGUCAGCCUCGUGGUCUCGCUGCUCCAUCCGAUUUGGUGCUACCUUCUGCUUCACCGUUUGGGUGCAGGUGCUUUCGGCGCCGGCCUCACUGUCUCCAUCAGUUACGGCUUGUACUUCGCACUCUUGACGGCCUAUGUUGCAGUGGUAAGGCCGGCUCCCUGCGACGUGGCCUGGACACCUCUGCCGCUGGAUCUGGCCCGUCGUCGGCUCUGCAGCUGUAUGAAGCGCUUCAACACCGAUGCCAGGGCGAUAGAGGCGGAACCUGGUUUCCGGGAAUACCUGCGUGUGGCCUUGCCUUCGGCGAUACUGAUGUGGACGGAGUGGUGGGUCUACGAGGCCAUGAGCCUUCUGGCAGGCCUUUGUGGGAAGACCGCGUUGGCGGCGCAUACGGCGACUUGCAGCUGGCUGCUCAUCAUCUUCAUGGUCCCCUCCGGACUGGGAUCAGCGACUUCGGCUGCCGUCGGCCAUGCCAUCGGCGCAGGCCAAAGUGAGGCGGCCCGCAGCAGCAUGAAAGCCGGGGUAGCUCUCAUCCUCGGGAGUUGCUCCGUCUUGGGGCUGCUGCUUUUCCUGGGCCGCGGACUGGCAGGGCGACUGUUUAGUUCGGAUGCGGAGGUGUUGGCGGCAAUGAACGUCCUCAUCACCAUCCUAGUUGUUUUCCAGCUCUUCGACGGCAUCCAGACCGUCCUCGAGGGCGGCCUCAUAGGUCUGGGGCUCCAGCGCGGGGCAUCCCAGGUAAAAUUGGUCUCUAUGGUUGUGGUGCGAUUGGGGGGUGCAUACGUGCUUGCCAUAGCGCUGCAUGUGGGAGUGUCUGGGAUUUGGAUUGCAGGCGUCCUCGGGAUGCUUGUCACCGCAACUUCGAUGCAGGCCCAUGUCGGGGAUGCGGAGCUGACUUCCUCGUCUCGGCGCCGGAAGUUUUACCUCGUACCCAGGUUGCUCGCAUACCCGGGACAAAGCCUUGAGCCGGUCGAAGACGCCUUCCUGCAGCGCUAUGGGGGCCGACUUCUGGGCGGUGCGGAGGCGGAACGCUCGCAAGACGCUGCUGACACCACGGACUCCCAGAAUUUCACGCCCAUUCUCUUUGCCAACUGCCUCAUUAUAGGGCUCUCAGCCGCUUUGGGCGGCUACGACCACGGCGCUGCCAGUGGCGCGCUACAGAACCUCGUGGCGCUACGAGGUCUCAAGAGACAGGGUCGACUGGGGCCCUUGCUGCAGGGCUGGGUUGUUGCUUCGGCCUGGGCGUCGAACAUCGCCGGAAAUCUCGGCGGCUACUACAUGCCGACCCCGCGGCUGGCCUUGAUUGUAGCUGGCUUCCUCGAGGCCAUCGGUAGCCUUCUGACUGCUUUGGCGCCCCAGCUGUGGGUCUUGAUCUUGGGACGUCUGAUCAACGGGUUCGGCCUCGGUCUAAACGGAGUCGCCGUCUCGCAGUACAUCAGUGAGAUUGCGCCCCCAAAUGCGCGAGGCGGCGCCAUCGCCGUGCAGGAGACCACCUUUGUUUCUGGUGCCUUUAUUGGAGCUUUGGUGGGUCAGCACUUCCUCCGACUGAAAGACGGCUGGCGACUUGCAGGGCUCAGAGGUCUCGGCUCUGCUUGCAGGGUUUAA